GAUCUGGGCACAUCCCGGGACGACAUGGGGACAUCGCAGCUGCCAGCAGCGCCGGCUCUGAGCCUCACCGGCCAGGACUGGUCAGGACACCCCAUCCGGCAGUGCCAGGCUUGGCCAGGACACCCCAUCCGGCAGUGCCAGGCUUGGUCAGGACGCCCCAUCCGGCAGUGCCAGGCUUGGCCAGGACGCCCCAUCCCGCAGUGCCAGGCUUGGCCAGGACGCCCCAUCCAGCAGUGCCAGGCUUGGUCAGGACGCCCCAUCCGGCAGUGCCAGGCUUGGUCAGGACGCCCCAUCCGGCAGUGCCAGGCUUGGCCAGGACGCCCCAUCCAGCAGUGCCAGGCUUGGUCAGGACGCCCCAUCCGGCAGUGCCAGGCUUGGUCAGGACGCCCCAUCCGGCAGUGCCAGGCUUGGCCAGGACGCCCCAUCCAGCAGUGCCAGGCUUGGCCAGGACGCCCCAUCCAGCAGUGCCAGGCUUGGUCAGGACGCCCCAUCCGGCAGUGCCAGGCUUGGCCAGCACGCCCCAUCCAGCAGUGCCAGGCUUGGUCAGGACGCCCCAUCCGGCAGUGCCAGGCUUGGCCAGGACGCCCCAUCCAGCAGUGCCAGGCUUGGUCAGGAUGCCCCAUCCAGCAGUGCCAGGCUUGGCCAGGAUGCCCCAUCCAGCAGUGCCAGGCUUGGUCAGGACGCCCCAUCCCGGCAGUGCCAGGCUUGGCCAGGACGCCCCAUCCAGCAGUGCCAGGCUUGGCCAGCACGCCCCAUCCCGGCAGCGCCAGGCUUGGCCAGGAUGCCCCAUCCAGCAGUGCCAGGCUUGGUCAGGAUGCCCCAUCCCGGCAGCGCCAGGCUUGGUCAGGACGCCCCAUCCCGGCAGUGCCAGGCUUGGCCAGGACGCCCCAUCCAGCAGUGCCAGGCUUGGCCAGCACGCCCCAUCCCGGCAGCGCCAGGCUUGGCCAGGAUGCCCCAUCCGGCAGUGCCAGGCUCUGGCGAGUGCAAUGCUGGGACUGGAGCUGGCACUGGGUGACACUGGGCCAGGUGUGCUGGGUGGUGGCUUUGCAAGCCCCGGGGUGCGAUGGUGCCCCCGGCACGCGGUGUGGUACCAGCCCCGGCUUUCGCCACCUUAAGAAACCCGUCCCUCCCCGCCACCUUCACACCCUCCGCUCCGCUUCCCCUCGGCGGCCGCCGCGCAGUGUUGUCACCGGUCAGCCGGGUUUCCUGCUCGCAAUCCUCACCCUGACGGGCACUGAGCGGCCGCGGUGCCUUGGGGACAUCGACCAGGGGGACACGGCUUGUCCCGCUGGACACUGGAGGAGCCGCAGCUCCCGGGAAGCGCCGGGACCUCGAGGACCCGCCGGGGUUUGCCGGGCACGGCCGGAGCUGCGUGUGCCGGCCCUGGUGCAGAGUGAUGGCCGAGCGCGGUGUCCCGGCCGGGGGGGGCGCAGGGGCCACCCCCGACAGCACCCAGGACAUGGACACGGCGAGCGAGGGGCUGGCGGCCGCCCCCACCCCGGGUAACAUGGAGGAGCUGUAUGAGGUGCUGGAGACGCUGGGCAGCGGCCACUUCGGCGUGGUGAAGCGGUGCCGGGAGCGCAGUACCGGCACCUUCUACGCCGCCAAGUUCGUGAAGACGCGGCGGCACCGGAGGAGCCGGCGUGGGCCGGAGCGGGCGCAGGUGGAGCGGGAGGUCGCCAUCCUGCACCAGCUCCACCACCCCAACAUCAUGCGGCUCCACGACCUCUUCGCCAGCGCGGCCGAGAUGGUGCUUGUCCUGGAGCUGGUGGGCGGCGGGGAGCUCUUUGACUUCAUCGCGGAGAAGGAGAUGCUGUCGGAGGAGGAGGCCAUCGAGUUCCUGGGCCAGAUCCUGCGCGGGGUGCAGUACCUGCACAGCCGCUGCAUCGCCCACCUCGACCUCAAGCCCGAGAACAUCAUGCUGCAGGACAAGGACGUCCCCAAGCCCCAGAUCAAGAUCAUUGACUUUGGGCUGGCCCAGCGCCUGGAGGACGGUGUCACCUUCAAGAGCCUCUGUGGGACCCCGCAGUACAUCGCGCCUGAAGUGAUCAACUACGAGCCGCUGAGCUCGGCGACCGACAUGUGGAGCAUCGGGGUCAUCACCUACAUCCUGCUCAGCGGCUUGUCCCCCUUCCAGGGUGAGACAGAUGCCGAGACCCUCUCCAACAUCCUGGCCGGUGACUAUGACUUCGAGGAGCGCUGCUUCAGCCAGACCUCCGAGACGGCCAAGGACUUCAUCCGGCAGCUGCUGGUGAAGGAGCCGGGGCACCGCAUGACAGCGGCCGAGUGCCUGGAGCACCCCUGGCUCAAGCCGCGGAGCCGGCAGCAGGCGCUGAACCGCAGCCGUUCCUCCAUCAACAUGAAGAACUUCCGCACGUUCAACGCUCGCAGGAAGUGGAAGCUCUCCUAUAACAUGGUGUCUGCCUGCAACCGGCUCUGCCGCACGCGGUUGCUCUGCGGCUUGAGGAGGGAGGACGAGGAGCUGGUGAGCGGCACCCGGACCCCCCCGGCACGGGCUGGGUGGGGGCAGAGGAGCUUUGGGGGACCUGGCCCCCCACAUCGCGGGGGGGCUGUGCAGUGGAUGCGCAAUGGGGGUGUCCCCAUUGCCUGGGGUGCCCCGUCCCCUGGGGGAGGUGUCCUCUCUCCUGGGGGGUCCUGUCCCCCGGGGGGGUUCAUGUCCCAUCCCUCCGACCCACCCUGUGUCCCCAGCGCUGCUGUGAGAGCGACCAGGAGGGGGAUGGGGGGGGCAGCCACCCCAUAACGCUGCUGCGCCGGCGGAGAAGCAGCUGCUCCUGAGCCCCCCCGAGAGGAGACAGGACCCCCCCAGAGAGGGGCCACCCCCCCCCGAGGAGCCCUGGGGGGGCGUCCCCGUCUCCCCAUGCUGGUGGCAGGAGCACAACCAGCGCUCCAGUCCGGCCUCAGUGCUCCCAGUCCUGCAGUGCUGGGGGGUCACUGGGGCAGCGGCCCCUGCUCCUGCCCCCCUGUCUUUGCUGGGGCUGCCCCACGGCCAAGACCCUCAUCGGUGCCCGGUCCCAGCAUGAGAAAUAAACGCGUCCCCCCCAUCCAUCCU